GUCAGUGCCGGAGCUCAGACACCUGCACACAAACAAGCAAGCAGCCACCAGGAGAACACUGCUCUCUCCUCAGAACACCUGAGGAGCUUACCCUGCAACCCAGCCAGACACCAUGUCCUCUUACUGCCUCCUGCUGCUCCUCAUCGCUGCGUGUGUCUCCAUGCACGAGGGUGUGGGGCCCCCGCUGAGGGAACACCAAGGUUCGAGCGAGGCGGUCGGACCUCACAGAGUCAGGACCAGGCGCUGCGCCUGUAACAACCAGCUGGACUCUGAGUGCCACUACUUCUGUCACCUGGACAUCAUCUGGGUCAACACUCCGAGUAAGACCACGGUUUACGGCCUGGGCAGCCCGUUGGCACGACGCCGCCGCUCUGCAGGCCGCUCUGCUGGCCGCUCUGCUGGCCGCUCUGCUGGCCGCUCUGCUGGCCGCUGUGUGUGCGCAGACCCCGCCGACAACAGCUGCACCGGCUUCUGCCUCCGCAGCCCCGAGAUUCCAGCGUCCCUCAGCCCCUCUGAGAGAGCCAGUGGCUCCCUGCUGGAGAUCCUCAGAACGGUCUCCAGAGUCUCCCAGCGGCUCCGUCGCCUGACCACCCCCCGGCGCGAAAUCGCCUCCGGGGCCGGCCGGCGCAACGGGCGCUAACCGGGUGGCGCCGGGUCGCGGGUGGAGUGGAUGAUGGAGGAGAGCGAGCGUCAGAACAAAAACUUCUCUUCGACGAGAGAGGAGCGCUACUGGAGGAGGCGGGCGGGCGGGCGGGCGGCGGGCUACAGACAGGUGGGACAGACGUGCCCCAGUCGGAUCUGUCUGUUAGCGCUCAGAGAGAGAGAGAGCAGAGAACGUGACCGGCGCCUGCACACAGAGAGCCCGAUCGGAAGCUAGACCUUUUGCCGCUCAGCGACAAAGCUGGCGUGCGGUCUAGGGGAGAGGUGGCAGGAGAGACAACCAUGGUCCUGGCUGAGACAGGUCAGAUAGCCACGGAGGAGGGGAGGAGGGAGAGGAGCUGUUCAUAUGCUGGUUGUGUGAGUUGACUAUCAGAAGAGUUUGAACGUUGCUUCGGCGAGGAGAGGUGGAGGUGGGGCAGGAGGGAUGACAGGCUUGGUGGGGGCGGAAGGUUGUCCAAGAUAACCAUCGUGUUUUUAUCUCAUUCGUUUUCCAAACGUAGUUUGUUAAUCUCUCAUUUAUUCAAUGCAGUACUUUUAUGGUGAUGGAGAUUCAGUGUAUGUGUAGAAAAGAAGAAAUGGUGAUAUAGUUUAUAUAUUUUACGGCUAACUUUAUUACAUGAUAUACAACUAUUUAUUCAAUGCUUUGAUGUGUUUUUAUUUAGGCCACCUGUGCAAUGACUGUGUAUUCAAUCAACGUGUGCAAUAAAUUUUGAUGAACAGUUGAAUCCCAGACAUUAUUCUCUCAUUCUUUUUUAAAUCAAAUGCAGAAGGAGGCACGAGGUGU